AGAAAUUCUUCCUAUAUGGAUCAGCCUUCUAGUGAUGGUGAAACUGGAAGACGACCACUCUAAGAAGACCCAGGAUGAAUCGGGUGCCAGGUGAUGCAGAAAAUGCUCACAGUAGCAGUGUGGAAUCCUGUCCUUCCUUGCGGGAUGUCCACUCCAUCAACCCGGCACAGCUGAUGGCAAGGAUUGAGUCAUAUGAAGGCAGAGAGAAGAAAGGCAUAUCAGAUGUCAGAAGGACUUUCUGUUUGUUUGUUACAUUUGAUCUCUUAUUCAUAACCUUGCUGUGGAUAAUAGAAUUAAAUGUAAAAGGAGGCAUUGAGACUACCUUAGAGAAAGAAGUCCUACAAUAUAACUACUCUUCUUCAUAUUUUGAUAUAUUUCUACUGGCAGUCUUUCGAUUUAAGGUGUUAAUACUUGCAUAUGCAAUGUGCAGACUGCGCCAUUGGUGGGCAAUAGCUUUUACAACAGCAGUGACCAGUGCCUUUUUAUUAGCAAAAGUAAUUAUUUCACAGCUGUUCUCACAGGGUGCUUUUGGCUAUGUGCUGCCCAUCAUAUCCUUCAUACUUGCCUGGAUCGAAACUUGGUUCUUGGACUUUAAAGUGUUACCACAAGAAGCUGAAGAAGAAAACAGAUUUUUGAUAGCACAGGAUGCUUCUGAACGGGCAGCUCUUCUUCACCCAGGAGUCCUCUCUGAUGGGCAGUUCUAUUCUCCUCCUGAAUCUGUAGCAGGAUCUGAUGAAGACUCUGAAGAAAAACAAGACAGUGAAAAACCAGUUGUAUAGCAUAUAUGAAAAACCAGAAGGAAAAUCUCUGAGGGAAGUUGUUGGGGUCUGGAAACUGGCAACAGAGUCUGUGGCUGAGUUGCUGGUGGAGCUGCUGACAGGAGACCUUACUCAUUAGAAAGCAAAGGGAAUAGUUCCCGUGUACUGUAAUACCUCACAAAGAUGUACCUUGUUGACAUAUGUAUAUUAGGUUGCCUCCCAGAUGGUAUGAAAAUACUUGUCCAUAAUGUAUUUUAUUAUUCAGUGAUUCCUGAAGUUGAUCUUCUAAUGACUAGGUAAUUACUGGAAAGUGUUGUCUUGUGUACCUAAUCAAGAGACUGGUAAUAUAAUGAAGUAAAACUUCUCUAUGGUGGAAGUAUAUUUAAUGAUUGUUGGGAACUCGCUAGGUAAAAUUGUUUUAUGUUAUUGCAAAUUUGUCAUUAGUUUUAUGUUUACUUUUUUUAACUCCAUGCAUUUUCUUUUUUUUUUAAAUGGAUAUGUUCACUUUCUAAAAUAAAAAUGUUAAAACCUG